UCUUUGACUACUCUCUGCUAUUCACUGCAUCAGUGCGCGUGGCUUCAGUUCCUCAUUUCCUCUCCUUCUUACACCUCUCGUGAAAAUUAUUUCAAUCAAAUAAUUUUUCUCUCUCUUUCUCUCUGUUUCAUCUGUUCUCGAGACAACGAGCAGCCCCUUUCAUUGCAGGACCAGGAGCAACCUUUUCUUGUUUGGUCUUUCUAUCUUGCUCUGUUCCUUUUUUCUUUUUCUGUCAAAAUGGCAACUUCCUUCUUCUCCUCGAGCUCCAUUUUCUUGGGCCUUGCACAAAUAUAAUCCAAUCAAAUGAUUCUCUUCUUUUCUCUAAUUUUGAUUUAAUCAUCAUCCUUUUGAUUCUUUGAUACAACCUAACCAAAACAAAAGAAAAGAAAAGGAAAGGAAAAAAAUCUACAAUUUUACUGUUUUCCUUUCUCUGCUAUAUUUUCUUUCUUUGCAGAGUUGGAUCGUUGUUUUGUUCCUCUGUGCUGUCUUUUCCUUCUUAUUGCAUAAUUGUACCGCUCUUUUUCUGUUUUUUUGAUGUUGAGGUUUCGUGUUUUCUUUAUGUUCUCUGUACUGCUGUGUUUCAGUAGCUCUUUCUGCUACAUUGUGGUUUCUUAGCAUGUUUUGGGUAAUAAAAAGACCUGGGAUUUUCACAUGGAUAUUUUGUGAGAUGUAUUGGCAUUUUGUAAAUGAGAGAGUUUGGGACUUGAGAUUUGAGAGUUUUUCGUUCUGAGGAAGUAAUUUUUAGGAUUUUUGGUUUGUGGGUUUUGGUGAUCAGUCUUAGUUAGUCUUCUUCAUCUUCUCCUUGACUCGACGUACUUCAGAGAAAGAUGAAUGAAACGACAGGGAAAACGACAUCGUGUUUGGCGAUAACGGAGAAACGGCCUCACAGGCCUGGUGGUUGUGCGGGUAUUUUCUUUCAGCUCUUUGAUUGGAACCGGAGAUUUGCCAAGAAAAAGCUCUUUUCCAAGAAAUUGCUGCCUCCAGCUCGAGCAAAGCAAUCUUCGAAGAAGUUUGGCGGGGAUGAAAAGAUGCCCAAAACCAAACCUCAUUUGAUUGCUGAUGAGAACAGUGGGGGUUUCCCCAAUGUAAAGAAAAAUGGGAACCGCAGUGAUAGUACAGAGCAAAAUCAUGAAAUGAGAGCUGCGGGUUUGGUUGCUAGGCUUAUGGGUCUCGAAUCUUUGCCUGCAGUGCAUAAAGAUAAGCACAAAAAAGUUUCGACUUCUGCUACUUGUGAUGUUAAAGAAGAGAAAUUUGUUAACAGUCACACUGGGUCUGAUAAGGAAAUUUUGAACUUCGAGAAAGGAAGCACUAAAGUUGAAUCUAGGCCUCAAAAGCUUCAGAAAACUGGUCAGUUUGACAGAAGGGCAGUAACUAGAUUUGGAGCUGAGGCUUUGCAAAUUAGGAAUGUAUUGUCUAAAGCGAGAAAGCAUCAUCAUCCCAAGCUUACUUCACCAGUGAAGAGUCCAAGGUUUUCCUCUUCAAGGAAUGUAUCUAGGGCAUCCAGAUUGAUUGAUGCUGCUACUCGGAUUUUAGAACCAGGGUUACAAGCUACUAAUAGAGCAAAAUGUGCUCUUACUUAUUCAAGUUCUAGGAAUCAUAUUUCCAAGAAUGAUGCUCUGAUGGAUGAAAUGGGAUUAGGAGUCAUGUCACCAGGUUUAGCGAAACAACAACGAAAUGAUAUGAAUUAUAAUGUGGAUGUAGGUAAGUCUUUGAUGGGGCAAUCUUCUUGCAAAAAUUGUGGUAAUUUGCUUGAUGUGGUUGAUUCUAGACCAACUAUGGAGGAGCAGCAUCUAUUUAUUUGUCCAUCCCCAGUGGUCACUACUGCCUGUUCGACAGGAUUGGAUAGGAUUAAGCCAAGGGAACCCUUAUCCUCCCCUGAAAGAGAAAGGGAUACAUUGUAUAAGAGAAAUCAGGUUCAAAUAUCUAAUGCUGCUGAAAUACUAGAUAACACUAGGGCUUUUAGUGAAACCAUAUCAGAUAGGAAACCUUUGUCUUCAGAAGGUCAUGGUGCACAGCAAAUGAAAAGCCAGCAGUUUAGGCCUCAAAAGGAUGAGCCAUCAUCUAUUGCUUUCAGGCAGAGGAUUGCAACUCCAAAUGAGAUGUCAGUGAGCAGGAGUAAAAUUCCCCCACAGGCGAAAUUAAAUAACUUGCAAAGCAGGAGAGCUUCUACAGCUGCCCAUGCUACCACUGGAGCUAAAGAUUUUGUUGCUUUAAACAGAAGUUUAAGUGGUCGCACCCGGCUAAGGGUGUCCAAAGCAGAUAAUUAUAUGGUUGACACGGAGAGAAAACUUUGCAGCAGGCAUGAUGAUUCCUUGUCACAGUUAAGGACUCCGGUUCGAAAGAGGAGGACUGGAAGUGUCAAUGCACAAUUUGAAAGUUCUGGACUUGUUAAUUCACCAUCUAUCAGAGCAAAAAAUGUUAAGUGUGAGUUUAUGAAUGGAAAGGAGUUGGGGACUAGUGCUCACACCAUGGACCGAGCAUGCACCAAAACCAGAUCAGCUAGUCAUGGGGAAGGUGGUGAUAGAGCUAAUGGCAAUAAAGACAAUGAUGUUGUAUCUUUUACAUUUAAUUCCCCAUUGAGGCAUAAAAAAUUUAUUUCCUCUAGGCUUAAAGAGACGAGGGAUCACGUUGAUAAUAAUGCUUCUUGCCAAAGAAAGCUACUUUUGGAUGAAAAUAAUGGCAAAACAUCUUUGCAGAGGCAAUUGCCAAUGAGAGGAGAUACUUUAGGGGCACUUUUGGAGCAAAAACUAAAGGAAUUGGCAUCUCAAGAAGAGGAUGAGUUGACCAAUGGUUGCACUGUACCUAAGAGAUCAACUGCUAUGAUACUACAAGAGCUGAUAUCUGCUUUAACUACACAGCAGCCUUUUUCUCCUGAAGAUCAUGCGUUCAAUGCUGAAACAACUUUCCGGGCUGAAGGAAUGAAAGGAAGCACUUUUGUUGGAUUUUCACACGAUGGUGACCACUUAAGUCCUGGAUCUGUUCUUGAAGCUUCAUUCUCGAAUGAUAGUUGCUUUUCUAGCAGUCUGGAUGAUAGCUCAGGCCGUAGGUUGAUUUAUGACUGUAUGGAUUAUUCCUGUGAUCAGCAACAACCAGUAGAAAUCGAUGCUGAUCUUCUGGAUUCGGCAACCUCUAUAAAUGAUGGAUGGACAGGAACCAAAAUGGUGACUGAGCUUCUAGGCCAUAUUUCUAGGAUGUUGCAAAGCAUCAAGGUUAUGUUGGACGCUGAACUGUUAUUCAGAAGUACAUCUUCAUUUAAUUUGGAUAGAAUGAAAAGUUUCCUUAUUAGUCCAUUUUUAUUCAACGAACUUGAGACCCUUGCUGGUGUUAUGUGGAAAAAUUUCAACCUUGGUUUGGAGGAGCUCAAAGAGGGUAGCAAAGAUAGUCAAGUUAGAAGGUUUCUUUUUGAUUGUGUGGUAGAAUGCUUAGAUUCAGAAUAUAGCCGGUACUGUAACAAUGGAUUCAAAGCGUGGAGAAGUGCACCGGUGUGCACAAAUGCAGAAAUGUUGAUUGAAGAGGUUGGGAAGGAGGUCAGGCGGUGGACGAGUUUGGCUGGGAUGAUUCCAGAUGAGAUAAUAGAAUGGGAGAUGAGUCAUUCCUUAGGAAAAUGGACAGAUUUUGAAAUUGAAGCAUUUGAAAUUGGUGCUCAAAUUGAUUGGGAUAUACUGCAGGUUUUGGUUGAUGAAAUUGUAGUAGACUUUUGGGAUAGUAAGCUGUGUUCUUUCUGAAGUGUCUCAAAAGUUUGUAACUUCUUUUUUCUUUCUGCUAGAAAUGUGAAAUGCCAGAAAUUAACCUGUAUAAUGUAGAGGUGACAUUGUCAUCUAACAUGAUGGAUGAUGAUAUUUGAAAUGGCUAUUAACAUUGUAAAUGAGCUCUAUUGGACAGCUUUAUGGAACUGGAUUUUGACAUUAA